CCCCAACUCAGGAUUUGGGACCCAGGGGCCCCUCCCUACUCCAGCUAACCUCUUCUAGACGAGACGCUCCGACUCAGACCCCACUACCUCCAUGAGCGCUGCAGACAGGAUGGGGGCCAGAGCUGUGCCCGGCCUGCGGCUGGCACUGCUGUUCCUGAUGGUGCUAGGGACACCCAAGUCAGGGGUGCAGGGGGAGGAAGGGCUCGACUUCCCUGAGUACGAUGGUGUGGACCGUGUGGUCAAUGUCAACGCAAAGAACUACAAAAAUGUGUUCAAGAAGUAUGAGGUGCUGGCGCUGCUCUACCACGAACCACCCGAGGAUGACAAGGCCUCACAAAAACAGUUUGAGAUGGAGGAGCUGAUCCUGGAGUUGGCAGCCCAAGUGCUAGAAGACAAGGGUGUUGGCUUCGGGAUGGUGGACUCUGAGAAGGACGCGGCUGUAGCCAAGAAGCUAGGACUGACAGAAGAGGACAGCGUUUAUGUUUUCAAGGGGGAUGAAGUCAUUGAGUACGAUGGCGAGUUUUCUGCUGACACCCUGGUGGAGUUUCUGCUUGAUGUCCUAGAGGACCCUGUGGAAUUGAUUGACGGUGAACGAGAGCUGCAGGCAUUUGAGAAUAUUGAAGAUGAUAACAAACUUAUUGGCUACUUCAAGAACAAAGACUCAGAGCAUUACAAAGCCUAUGAGGACGCCGCGGAGGAGUUCCACCCCUACAUCCCCUUCUUCGCCACCUUCGACAGCAAGGUGGCAAAGAAGCUGACCCUAAAGCUGAAUGAAAUUGAUUUCUACGAGGCCUUCAUGGAGGAGCCUGUGACCAUCCCAGACAAGCCCAACAGCGAAGAGGAGAUCGUCAACUUCGUGGAGGCACACAAGAGAUCAACCCUGAGGAAGCUGAAGCCUGAGAGUAUGUAUGAGACUUGGGAGGACGAUCUGGAUGGAAUCCAUAUUGUGGCCUUUGCAGAGGAAACUGAUCCUGAUGGCUAUGAGUUCUUAGAGACACUCAAGGCCGUGGCGCAAGACAACACGGACAAUCCUGAUCUGAGCAUCAUCUGGAUUGACCCUGAUGACUUCCCCCUGCUGGUUCCAUACUGGGAGAAGACAUUUAACAUCGACUUGUCAGCCCCACAAAUAGGAGUCGUCAAUGUUACUGACGCGGACAGCAUAUGGAUGGAAAUGGAUGAUGAGGAGGACCUGCCCUCUGCCGAGGAGCUGGAGGACUGGCUGGAGGACGUGCUGGAGGGCGAGAUCAACACAGAGGACGACGACGAAGACGACUAGUUACCGUGGCAGCCGUCUUCCGGCCCCACCCGCUCCCCUCCUGCUCCCCUCUCCUUCCCUGAGCUCCUCCAGGGACACUAGGUCAUCCUCCGCCAUGGGGCUUGUUGGGGUCUGUAUGCUAGGUGCUGAGAUUUCCCGAAACACCAGCUCAGCUGUCUUCUCUCUGGCUCCUGUUCCCUGUCCCACUGCAUCCCUGUAUCAAUUGUUUCUUCCGUCACUCCUUUCAUGCUUUCUUGUGACUCCCCCCUUGCCAUAUCCAUGGGUCCCCAUCUCUUCUGUUCCCCCUACCUGAGCAACUCUUCCUUACUCUCUCAAGUCCUCUGUCCUUCUGAUUGUCCUAUCCCUGGCCAGAGGGAUGGGAGAGUACUGUGUUUGGGGCUGAACUUUAGCAAUCUCUUGUUGAUGUAUUUGGGUCAAAUGAGACCUCAAUAAAGGAUCUGGGGCAACAUUA